CGUCACGAGCAAAAACAAGGACCACAAGCGAUUGUUGCACAGCUAGCUAGCUCGGUUAAAUGAUAAGUACCACAUGAAUUUGCUUUGCUUAGCAGUCCUUACUUGUGGAGACCACACACCCACGCUGAAAUAGAUCGACGCGUUAGGUUCGACUAGUUGUGUACGACUUGUUGACGGUUUGAUGCCGUUAACGGUAGAUCGCAUACGAAUUCUACCGUUAAGCUCAAGCUAAGUAGUUACAUUAUAUGGCUGGCUGACAGUUGGAGUUUACAUGAAGGUAAUUCAUGUCAGUAAACAUAAGGCGAGGUUCCAUUAGGUCAACGUUUAUAAUUUUAUGAAUAUCUGUUUCUUGCUCAUUACAUGAAAUACCCACAACAACAACAUGUAUACUCUGAUAGAGACUGCUCUGCAAUAAUGGCGUACAACCUAAACAACAUGUGGUAGAAUUUCCCAAGAAGAAAACUUUCUCUCUCUCUCUUUUAUUGUCGUACUCAAACACGCGGAAUUCCGUUGUGUAACAGUCAUCAGACACGGGACACUUGCAGAGUCUGUCAUGUCGGACCUGGAUACUCUCAUAGUCACCUUUCAGACCCAGCUCUCGGAUGUGAUGGAGACUGUGGUAAAGACAGCCAUGUAUGAGGUUACCAGGCUGGUGGAGGACGGCUUCUUGGAGGAGGUGAAGCGCAGGAGCCAGGAGGCGGAGUCUCUGAGGAUGCAGCUGCUGUGGGCUGAAAAGAAAUUAAGUGACCAAGGGGGGAAAGACGGAGGGAAGACUGGAAGGUGUGUUGACUGUACUAAGAAGGAUGUGGACGACGCUGCCGAAGAAAGGUCUAAAGACCAGCACAACAAUGUGUUGAGGAGCUGUGGUGUGAAGAAAGAGAGCAGUCCUGUUGGAAGAUGGACAAGAAGCCCCAGACAAGAAGUCUUAUCAGAGUUACCACAGGAGGCAGACGAUUCUACAGCCACCCACAGCCCUGAGAGGGAAUCACAGGCCACAGAAGAAGAGGAUGCGAUGGAGGAGAAGGAUGAGGUUAAUAGGCUGCCUUGUUCAUCCUCGCAUUUGGGAGAGUGGAGCAUUACUCUUGAUGGUGAAGCAGGUCGUGAAUCACACAGCGCUGCUGAGUUGACGGAGACACAACCAAAACAGACUCACGAAAACGGUGAGGAAUUACUGAGGAAUAUCAUCAAGCAAGGCCCACUGAUGUCUGCUGCAUAUGCCCUUCCCGAAGAACAGGAAGAAACACACAUGUGUAUAGAUCCAUGUCAUGUCUCAUCUUUGGAAAUUGACACUGGUUGGGCUGGACUUUUGCAGAAUCACAGACUUGGGACUGUGAAGGAUCACGAUCCGGCCAAAACUAGAGGUUCUCUUAAGUGUACAGAACAUGAGCUGUCCGACUCUGUCGCAGCGGAUGUUCACACUCAGGGCAGAGAUCAGAUUUCAACCUCAGGAUCCCCUAAGACGAGACUGCAAAACAGCGAGGCGUUGGGUGUGACAAUAAAGCAGGAGGUUAUUGUUGAUUCUGAUGGGUGUGAGGAAAUUGAGCAUAUGGAAAAGAAAGAAAUGACAAAGUCUGGGAUGACAUCUUUCUCAUGCUCAGUAAAACAGCACAGGCUGAGUUCAGAAGCACGCAAACAGAACCACAUUUCCCAUAAAGCCACAGUGCAGGAGAUUAUGAAGCUGCAUUCCAAAGUGGGUACAGGUCUCAGAUUGCAAGCCGCUAUACAGCACCUCCAUAGACCGAUGAAAAAAAACCCUCACGCCCUCUCGAACAGCACCACAGCAGCACUGUCUAUAGCUCAUACUCAGGUUGUGAAUUUAAAUCCCCUCAGCAGAAUUCCCUCCACAUCCAAAGCCGCUCCACCUCCUCCGCUCUCAGUACAGCGAGUUCACCUGGGUGACAAACAAGCUGCAGCACUUAACCGAACUGGUGCCCCGUGGGUCAGCAUCAGAUCCCAACAUCAGUCUGCAAACUCCCAUCAUGCCAACCCCGUUCCCCAUUCCGACUCUCACGCUGGCCCCAGGCACCUCCUGCGUUGUGGCCAGUGCGGGAAGUGCUUUCCCCACCCCAGCAACCUGAAGGCUCACCUGCAGACUCACACAGGUGAGCGGCCUUUCUGCUGCUCCCUCUGUGGUCGCAGCUUCACUAAACUGAGCAACCUCAAAGCCCACCGCCGGGUCCACACCGGAGAGAGACCGUAUUGCUGCUUGGCUUGUGGCAAACGCUUCACCCAGAAAUGUAACCUGAAACGUCACCAGAGGAUCCAUCUGGACGUAUGAUGAUGGACAGCCGGUGACAAAAAAGACACAUUUGGUCUAUUUAUUUCUUUUAGAUUAAGAUACUACAGUGUUUGUUUUUGCAACGCCAUACAAACGCUGUAAUGCAUUGCAAAAAUGCUUCGUGUGUACUCGUCUCUUGAAGUGAUUGUCCCACGUUCUUCUGUGCAUUCCAGAAAGGUUCAUCUAGUAACUUCUGAAGAUGUUUUAAUGUUAUUAAAGGACAACAGGCAUUGUGUUGUGAAAUGUAUCAUGCGCAAAAAGAUAGGUCAAUUGUCCAUUGGUCAAUAAAAUACUAUUUAUUCUGUGAACACUAAUAUUCUUUCAUUUUAUCAGUUACGUCAUGCCUGUGAGCACAAAAGCACUUACUAAUCAUGCAUCAAGCCCUGUGUUUUGGACGUAUGUGAAAAAAAUUAAAGAAGCUAUUAAAUAGAUUCAGCAUCAUGAACGAAACUUCUCUUAAGUUGGUUAAGAAUUGAUCGCACAUGUCUAAAAUGCAGGCCAGAGGUGAGCACACACCGUCUGAGAGAUAUUCAUUAUUGGUCAUGAUGAAUAAUGGAAACAUUAUAAUUCAGAUUUAGUUUUAGUUUUUCUGUUUGUAUGUGUUUAUAACUUUUUGUUCUCUUUUGGUUGUCUUUUUGUUGUAUAACUGACAAUUUUUAUAUUAUUUUAUUCCUAUUUAUGUAUUUAUAAAUAUAUGAGAUUGUUUUUAAUUACACAUGAUAAUAGCUGUUGGAGGCACAGAGGAUUAAAAAAACACCUGAAAUAAACUUUAAAAUGCU